GAAAAUAAAUGUAUAAUAUGUUAAUCGUUUAGCAUAAAUCAUUCCAUAGAAUUAAACACGAGUUAACAAAGAUAAUUAUGAAUAUAGAUCUGAGGUUGAUUGUGCGUCUUCUGCUCGCCAUUCUUUUGGCUUCUUUGGUAUCCACUAUUUUAAUGGGCAGCCAGAUACACAGAAGAAUAGUGGAGUCCAUUGCCAUAAAAAUCAACCAAAGGGAUAGCACCAAAUCGGAUAUGUCAACUAGACAGCUCCCGAAAAGAGAAAUCCUAAAGAAGGCGGAGACUUCCCCACACAUACUGACCUUGUCCCAAAACGAAUUGGAUAUUCUAAAAAUCUACCGCCAUGGAAACUUUCACCUGCCAAAUCAAGAAGCUAUCAAGGAUUGGCACUACUGUCUCAUUAAGGAGGAUACAAUUGGGACAGGGCUAGGUGAACACGGAAGGGCAGCUUUGUUAACAAAUGCCAAAGAAACUAAAUCAACGGAAAUCCUUUACGGAAUCCACGGCUAUAAUGCCAAACUCUCUGAUCUUAUAAGCCUAAACAGAUCCUUGCCGGAUAUCAGGCCUUUGGGUUGCUCGAAACGCAAAUAUCUGGAAGUCCUGCCCAAUGUGACUGUAAUAAUGCCUUUUCAUAAUGAACACCUCAGCGUUUUGCUGAGAUCUGUAACCAGCAUCAUUAACCGCUCUCCUCCGGAAUUGCUCAAGCAAAUUGUUCUCGUGGACGAUGGUAGCAAUCUGCCGGAUUUGGGGCAAAAACUUGAAGACUUUGUGGCAAUAAACUUUCCCAAAAUAAUCCAGAUAGUGAGACUUACAAAGCGUUGUGGUCUUAUUAAAGCCAGGGUGGAAGGAGCCAAAAAAGCCACUAAUCAAGUUUUAGUCUUUCUAGAUUCCCACAUUGAAGUCAAUAUUAAUUGGCUACCUCCCCUGCUAGAACCCAUUGUGGUAAACCGGAAUAUAGUAACCGGUCCCAUUUCAGAUGUAAUCUUGCACAAAACUUUUGCUUAUAUGAAGUAUAAUGCAUUUACCCGUUCCGGUUUCAAUUGGCUGCUUGAGAUUAAGGAACUACCGCUUUAUCACGGCGAUGAAGAUGUUGGUUCCAGGCCGUACCGUACUCCCCUUUUAGUAGGACCCUUGGCGAUAGACCGAAAGUACUUUUGGAAACUGGGAGGAUAUGAUGAGGGACUGGACAUCUGGGGCGGCGAGCAGUUCGAGAUGAGCUUUAAGGUCUGGAUGUGUGGCGGAAUGUUGCUAUAUGUUCCCUGCUCCCGAGUGGGUCAAAUAAACAAAGGACCCAUGCGACCGAAGACAAGUCCAAGAAAUCAACAUUUUCUAGCCAGAAACUACAAAAGAGUUGCUGAAGUGUGGAUGGAUGAGUACAAGAAAUUCGUUUACCACUCGAACCCAGAGCUCUAUAGGAAGACUGACCCAGGAGAUCUUACCCAUUUGAAGAUUUUAAGAACCUCGCUAAAGUGCAAAUCUUUCGACUGGUACAUGAACAAAGUGGCUGUGGAUUUUCUGAAAGCAUUUCCCAUUGUGGAUCCAUCGGCAAGUUUGUCGGGGCCCAUUGAAAGUGUGGCCUUUCCCGGAUUCUGCGUGGACUCCCUGAACCAGAAACAUAUGAAACCAGUGGUUCUCUCCCGCUGCACUAAGAAUAAAACAGAUCCCGGGGAAUAUCAAAACUGGAUUCUAACUGAGGACCAUGAGAUUCGACUGAAAAAGAGUAAUGAUGAUUGCCUUGAAACACAGGGCCUUAAGACGAAGUCCGUGUGGCUUUUUCACUGUCACGGCAACGGUGGCAAUCAGUACUGGUUCUACAACCGCCGGCAUCAGUGGAUCCAACAGGGCCAGAUGUGGAUCUGGUGCCUCGAGGCUUAUUUGCCCAGGGGUAAAGAGUUUGGCAAGGUGUACUCCAACAAUAUUUGCGACAAAAACAAACAGAACCAGCAGUGGAAGUUUGGAAAAAUAACUGGCUAUGAUCCGCAAAUGCAACAUGGGGGAUACUAAAUAAAAU